GGCAGGAAGAGUCCUUAUAAGGGCGUGACUGGGCUGAUGUCAGUGUGGGCGGGGCUUGGAGUUGAUAUAAAGCAGCUGAUGCAGCUCAGACUAAGAGACUAAACAGGACUUUACAGAUCUGAUGGCAGGAUGUUGCUGCAGCCUCUUUGGACCUUCCUCCUGGGACACUCCUCCCUCCUGCUCUCACCAUUCUUCCCUGUUAUCUUCUCGCUGUCUGUCUACCUGUCCUUCUGUCUUCCCUUCCUGCUGCUGGAUGUGCUGUCCUCCCGGUGGGCCCUGGUGCGCAGGUACAAGCUGCAGCCUCAGAGCUCCGUCAGCUGGGCCUCGGUGCGGAGCUGCCUGGCUCUGACACUCUACAACCACCUGGUGUUCAUCUUCCCACUCACGGUGCUGCACUGGUACCUGCGGCCCGUCCACCUGCCCGAGGAGGCCCCGCCCCUCCCUCGCCUGCUAGUUCAGGUGCUGGUCUGCCUGCUCCUCUUCGACUUCCAGAGCUUCAUCUGGCACCUGCUGCACCACAAAGUGCCCUGGCUCUACCGCAACUUCCACAAGGUGCACCACACCUACACCUCCACCUCCGCCCUCACCGCCGAGUACUCCGGCGCCUGGGAGACCCUGAGCCUGGGCCUCUUCGCCGCCGCCAACCCGCUCCUGCUGGGCUGUCACCCACUCACCGAGCUGGCCUUCUUCCUGGUCAACAUCUGGCUGUCGGUGGAGGACCACUGUGGCUACGACCUCCCAUGGGCCACCCACCACCUGGUGCCGCUGGGGCUGUAUGGCGGGGCCCGCCACCACGACCUCCACCACCUCAAGUCCAAGUACAACUUCGCCCCGUACUUCACCCACUGGGACCGGCUGGCCGGGACGCUGUGCACACACCAGGACUGAGAGGAUCUGGUUUCAGAUUGAGUUUCUGAUUGUGACAUUUAUGAACCGAUCAGUUUCUGAUUGAUCAGUUCCUGAACUGAUGGAGAAGUUUGAGGAUUUGAACUGUUUCAGAGGAACUAGUUUCUGUCCAGCUACAAUGCUGUUCAGACUCAUCUUUUACAUUAAAGACUGAAAAACACUUCAGUACAUAUUAAUAUAUUUAUAAGCAUUUAUUUAUUUAUUUAUUUAUUAACUAUGAACCGGAUGGAUUUACUGUGUAAUUAAACAAACUAACACCUGAGAAUACGAUUGUAGGAUUUAAAGGCUUUGGUGUCGCAGUGUAAUACUGAGCAUUAAUUAUUCUUAAUUAUAUAACUAUUCAAUUAAUUAUUCUCAGAUGUUGUUCAUGUGCAGUUGUGUCGCAUUAAGACAACAGAUUACAGAUAGAAGUUCAUAUUGAACAAUAAUGUUUUUAUUGAAAUAUCCUUUAAUAUCGGUGUAACCGACACAUAAACCAAUAUUAAGCUUUCAGAUUUAAGAUGGAUGACAGGAAGUGAAGAGACUGAACUGAGGAAGUGUUUUGAAGGUGAACUGAGGAAGAUGAUGGAAGUUUGUGUUGAUAUUGUGAAAGAAAAAGAGAGUUUUUGGAAGGAAAUGUGACUGAAAAUGUGAAUGAUGAAUGAAUGAAAUGUGAAACAGUAUUUUUUAUCACUGAGAAUAAACUUUAUCAACAAAAACUAAA